AUGUGCUCAUCUUGUGCACCCCCGUAUUCCUCUCUCUUCCUUCCCUCUUACACUUCCUUCCUUUUGCGACGUCGUACUUUCUCCCCAACCCUAAUUCUCUUGAAGCCCAAAGCCACAAGGCCUAGACUGCACCUCUCUGCUUCACUCGCCCAGAGAAACCUCGAACUUUCAUGGUUCCCUCCGGACCAAACUGCCAGCAACGACUAUGGCGGUUGGGCGCAUGUAGAGUCUCCGCUUCAACACAAAAAUCCAGGGUUGCCUGCAUUUGUGAUUGGGGGUAUUGGGGCUUCACUGGCUGCUAUAAUCGCUGCAAUUGCUUACUUCUCGCUAUCCAGAAAGGGUUUUAAGUUUCAAAAAACGAGUCCAUUGCACACUUUUCAUGGGAGUCCUGCUGAUACCAAACCAACAAACCAAGGAGCAUUGGAUGAGGAUGCCAUGAUAUCUGAGGCAAGCCCAGAGAUUGUACCUACUUCUGUUAGCCAAAAUACUACUUCAGCAUCUACGGAGAAGCUUGAACGUAUUAUAAUCCCAGCUGCUGUGGAUUCUACUCAACAGGAAGCUCUAAAAGUCUUGAAGAAAUUGAAGAUCAUUGAAGAUGAUGUCAAGGCUGAUGAAUUGUGUACUAGAAGGGAGUAUGCAAGAUGGAUAGUUCGAAUAAACUCGUCAUUGGAGAGGAAUGCAAAGCACCGGCUUGUGCCAUCAGUUUCUCUUGCUGGGUCUGCAAUUACUGCAUUUAAUGACGUGAGUGUCGAAGACCUGGAUUUUGGGUCCAUUCAAGCCCUGGCUGAGGCUGGUGUCAUUCCUAGCAAGUUAUCACAGAAGAGCUCCAAUUAUGACGGUCUAAAAGACCAUGGAAACAUCAAUUUUUCCCCUGAGAGGUUUAUCUCUCGACAAGAUCUGAUUGACUGGAAAGCCCAUUUGGAGUAUGACUUUUUGCCAGGAGUAAUAGAGAAGAUAUCAACAACAACAACAGUAGGUUUUAUGGAUGUGAAAGAGAUCAGUUCAGAAGCACCAGCAGGACUAUAUACUGACAUGUUGGCAGAGGAAAAUAGCAUACUCAGAAAAGUUUUUGGACAGUGCAGGCGGUUUCAACCAAACAAACCUUCAACAAAAGCACAAGCAGCAGUGGCACUGGCAAGUGGCAGGAUCACAGAAGCAAUUGCUUCUGAAUUGUUGAGAAUAAAAGCUGAAAAUUCUGCAAGGAAGGCAGAGAUGGAAGAUAUCAGGUCCGAAUUGCUUGAUAGAGAGGACAUACAGAGGUUUUGGAAUGAUAAACUGAAUGAAGAGAAAACCCGUGGUCUUGAGAUGGAGAAGGCUUAUCUUGCUGCCCUUAGUGAUUUGGAGCAGGAGAAGAUUUUACAAGAAAAGAAUUUUGCCGAGAUUUUGAAGGAGAAGGCAGCUAUGGAAUGUCAGAAGCAGUUACUUCUCAGUCUCAAGGAAGAGGUCAAUGAGAUAUCAGAAAAGCUUGCAUCCGAGAGGUCUACUUAUGUAGCCGAGAAGUGUGAUUUGCAGGAUAUGCUCAGUGAUUUGGAGACCAAGCAGGAAAGUAUGCUUGAUGCGAAAUCUAUACUCGAAGCUGAGAUAGAAGCUAUUCGGAUUCUUAGAUCUUGGGUAGAGGACGAAGCCAGAAAAAGCCAAGCCCGUGCCAAGGUACUCGAGGAGGUUGGACGAAGGUGGAAAUGGGAUAGCCAGGCGUGA